AGCAACUGUGCUGCUGUCCUCGGGAAAUAACCAGGACUAUCUUGGCACGAUGGAGGAUUUACCCUACACCUAACAUCAUGUUAUCCCGGUGCUGCUGGUGGCUGCAUACAAUUGCAGAAAAUCUGGAUAUCUGAGUGCGGUUGCACCAUGGACGCAGCAGAGGUACUUGUAUCUUUCCUGGUAGUACUGAUCAUCAUUGUGUCGUUGCUGUCCAACGUGGUGGUGCUGAUUUGUUUUUUGUACAGCGCGGAGAUUCGGAAGCAAGUUCCCGGUUUGUUUAUUCUUAACCUGACCUUUUGCAACUUGCUGAUGACUGUGUUGAACAUGCCGUUGACUUUGCUAGGAAUUAUCAACAAGGAGCAUCCAGGAGGGGGAGGAUUCUGCCAAAUUGUGGGGUUUUUAGAGACAUUUCUCACCACUAAUUCCAUGCUGAGCAUGGCAGCUCUGAGCAUCGACAGGUGGAUAGCGGUUGUUUUUCCUUUGAGUUACCAUUCAAAAAUGCGCCACAGAGAUGCUUUCAUAAUGCUCGGUUACUCGUGGGUGCAUUCGGUAUCCUUCUCCGCCGUGUCGGUUUGCCUUUCGUGGGUGGGAUACCAUCAGCUUUACGCCUCCUGUACUCUGUGCAACGGGAGAGCGCACCACAACAGGACCCAGUUUGUGGUUUUUACAGUGGUUUUCCAUGCCUUUACCUUUCUCCUUUCCUUGAUAGUCUUGUGUUUUACUUAUCUGAAAGUGCUCAAAGUGGCGCGCUUUCACUGUAAGAGAAUAGACAUUAUCACAAUGCAAACCUUGGUGCUGCUAGUGGACAUUCACCCAAGUGUCCGACAGCGUUGCCUUGAGGAGCAGAAGAGACGGAGACAACGAGCUACAAAGAAAAUUAGCACCUUUAUCGGCACGUUUGUUCUUUGUUUUGCACCAUAUGUAAUAACAAGGCUUGUGGAGCUGUCUUCAGCAGUGCCUAUCAGUCCUCAUUGGGGAGUUGUUUCCAAGUGCUUGGCUUACAGCAAAGCAGCCUCAGAUCCCUUUGUGUACUCUCUUCUCCGGAAUCAGUACAAGAAGACAUGCAGUGAUAUUAUUAACAGAGUCCUGAAAAAGAGCUCACUAAACUCCUCUAGAAUAAGGGGUGAGAAUGGAAGAACCAACACCAUCCAAGCCACGGAAUGAAAACCCCUCAACGAAGGCUUGAAGAAGCUGUCAAGUAUGUAUGGUUCAAGAAUACCAAAAAGAUCCCAGUCCAUAAUUCCCAUUAUGUAAGUAUGGGCAACACAAUCUGAUUGGAAAUGGGUGACCAGUUAUUUUGAACACCACUGAUUUCACUUAGUCAUUUAAAUUGUCACAAGAAGCCUAAGUUUGAAUGUCAAGUUCAGUUGCAGGGCUAAAAAGAGUUUGUUGGUCCCAUGCUUGAUUCUCUACAACUUGAGAUCUCCAGUAUUUACCCCAGUGAGUUUAGUGCAAUAGGCAGUUCAUAUAGAUCUCCCUUGGAAUCAUGGUGUCUACUGGAGUUGAAUCCCAGUCCUACUUACAGUGUAUUUGAAGUGCUCUACAGAUUAAUGGAGGCCAUAUUUUUAUGUGAUAUCAGAUCCUAACAAUUGAUAAGCACUUAUUUCCUUAACAAGGUAGUUUUAAAAGGCAGAUAUAAAUUGAUAUAUGUGAGAUGAAGUCAAAAUAUUCCUUGUUUAUAAGUUUUGCAUGUUUUUUUCUUUCUUUUGGGAAAUGCUUUGGCACUAAUUUGAAUACAUUAUACUAUUUAUGUCUC